ACAUUUUUAGCAUUAUCUUCUCAAUCAAACCACCAAUUUCUACAAUAAAGGAUCCGCCAUGAAUCAGGAGUGGAAAGUCGUAGCGAUCCCUAUUUAGGUUCCGUCUUCUCGAUCUCAAAUUUUCUCAGAUUGAAGAAUUAGGUUAAAAUUGGGAACUGAAGAUUUGAAGAAGGCGAAACGAAGAGAAUGGCGAAGCCAGAGGAUGUUUUUGUUGGCUCGAUUGAUCAAGGAACCUCCAGCACCAGAUUCAUCAUCUAUGAUCGCAAUUCUCGAGCUAUUGGAUCUCACCAGGUCGAGUUCACUCAGUUCUACCCUGAAGCCGAAUGGGUGGAGCAUGAUCCGGUGGAAAUUAUGGAGAGCGUGAAGGUGUGCAUGGCCAAAGCCGUAGAUAAGGCCACCGCCGCGGGUCACAAUGUGGAUAAUGGGUUGAAGGCGAUUGGUUUGACGAAUCAGAGAGAGACAACUCUGGUAUGGAGCAAAUCUACUGGCUCUCCCCUGUAUAGAGCCAUCGUUUGGAUGGAUGUUCGUACUAGUUCUAUUUGCAGGAAAUUGGAGAAGGAAUUAUCUGGGGGGAGAACUCAUUUUGUGAAUACUUGUGGUCUGCCCAUAAGCACCUAUUUUAGUGCAAUGAAGUUGCUUUGGCUGAUGGAAAACGUGGAGGAUGUUAGAGAAAGUGUAAAGAAGGGAGAUGCUCUAUUUGGAACCAUAGAUACUUGGUUAAUAUGGAACUUAACUGGCGGUGUUAAAGGAGGAUUACAUGUGACAGAUGUUUCGAAUGCAUCUCGAACAAUGUUGAUGAACCUCAAGACUCUUGAUUGGGACAAACCCACAUUGGAAACACUAGGAAUACCUGCACAAAUCUUGCCUAAGAUUGUUAGCAACUCUGAGGUUAUUGGAAAAAUUUCCCAAGGUUGGCCAAUCACUGGUGUUCCCAUUUCAGGAUGUUUGGGCGAUCAACAUGCUGCAACGCUUGGUCAAGCUUGUAGGAAAGGUGAGGCUAAGAGUACAUAUGGAACAGGUGCUUUUAUACUUCUCAACACAGGGGAAGAAGUUGUUCAGUCCAAGCAUGGCCUUCUGACCACUUUGGCAUUCAAGCUUGGCCGUGAUGCUCCAACAAAUUAUGCUCUCGAAGGCUCUAUCGCCAUUGCAGGAGCUGCAGUUCAGUGGCUUAGAGACAGUCUUGGGAUUAUUAGCAGUGCUAAGGAGAUCGAGGAAUUGGCAUCACAGGUUAAGUCCACUGGUGGGGUUUAUUUCGUACCUGCCUUUAAUGGGUUGUUUGCUCCGUGGUGGCGAGACGAUGCUCGCGGAGUCUGUAUUGGGAUCAAGAGGUUUACAAGCAAGGCUCAUAUUGCUCGAGCCGUGCUUGAGAGUAUGUGUUUUCAAGUGAAAGAUGUUUUGGAUUCGAUGCAAAAAGAUAGUGGAGAUAAGGGCGAGGACAAGAAUAAGAAAGGAGAAUUCGUGCUCAGAGUGGAUGGUGGUGCUACUGUCAACAAUCUUCUAAUGCAAAUUCAGGCGGAUUUGUUGGGAAGUCCGGUGGUGAGACCGGCCGACAUUGAAACGACGGCCCUUGGGGCAGCGUAUGCGGCGGGAUUAGCUGUCGGAGUUUGGACGGAAGCCGAGAUUUUUGGGUCAGGAGAAAGAGUUAAGUCUGCAACCACUUUCAAACCUGCAUUAGAAGAUGAGUUGAGGAAGAAGAAGGUGGAGUCAUGGUCCAAAGCUGUUUCAAGGACCUUUGAUUUAGCAGAUCUCUCUCUUUGAUGCGUCAUCUUCAACCUUAUAUUACAUAUAUAUCGUCUUCUCUGCUUCUUCGUUUCUUGUACAAUUUAUUUAUAUGCAUGUCCAAGAAUUACAGUCACCCACGAUACAUUUAAAUUAAGUGAAUAAUAUUGUGGAAUAAAUUUCCUCACUAGCUACUAUUGGAUUCAUGUCAUGUGUGAUUAGUUUGUAUUCAGAUGGCUUGGAUUUCAA